AGCAAGGAGCAUUUAAAGAAGUACGACGUACCACAAAGUACAACAAUGCGUCCAGGCAGUUCCUUGAGUAUGUUGAUAAUUGCCACGUUAUUGAAAGGAAGCUGCUCAGAUCCCUGCUCAAAAACAUCUUAUUCGUCAAAAAAAGGACAGUAUAAAAGAUCAUCGAAUUACACAAUACAGUCAAACGACAUUGCUAUAAGUGACAGCUUCCUGUCUGAAGGAUGGUAUCGAUUUGACAGUGGUGCUGGAAAUGACAUAGUGACGUGGGCACCGUCUAUAUACCAAUGUGGUACCAUAUAUCCAAUGUGGAUGAACGGAACAUUGCCAACUGAAUCAGACGGCGAGGUAAACAGAACUGUGUGCAUAGUUGGAUUCUACGAGUCGUGUUUGAAGUCAUUAACCAUCAAAGUUAAAAAUUGCGGAGUAUACAGAGUGUAUUAUUUGGAACCGGCUCCACAGACAUCAACCGGGUAUUGCAUAGGAGAGAAGUCACCUUGUCCUGCAGGGCAAUCAUCAUAUUCAAUGUUUACCCCUUGUGAAGAUGUGACUCCCGUGAAUACCAAUCCAUUUGUAAAUGUCUCUUUGGAAAAUAAACAAUCAAACAGUACACGGUUCAGACCAGCGGAACCUGUAUUUAAGUGUGUGUUUGAUGAGCCUACUGACGGUCCAUACUGGUACGAUACCUAUUGGUACAUCAAUACGGACACUGUCAAAGUGGAAGAGUCUCAACCUUAUCAGAGCAACCAAAGCUGGCUGUACCCCAAGGACUGGGUGGACAAGUAUGAUUUAAACAUGGUGGUAAAGUGUUCCAUACGAGUUCGACAUUUGGAGAGAAGUACACCUGGUCAUCAUAAUUACAGCGAAAACUUUAAAGCUGGGAUGUUUCCUUCAUCAUAUGUAUACGGCUUGAAGGAAGGAGAGACAAUUUCCAUCAAGUUUUCUGUAACUGUUCCUGUUGGGUGCUUAGAUAUGAACCGUCAAUACCUAUGUAAAACAAACAUAUAUAUACUUACGCCAGAGUACCAGUCGUCUUCUCCUACAGGUUCAUGUCAGAAUUUCAGUAGACAGGGUGAUGUGUCCUUUGACGAGAAUGGAUGUGGCAUUGUCAUAGAGAGUUCAACCUGGUGGGAGGAAAAAGUUCUGAAUGUUACUGGGAAAACAGACGGUUUAGUUAACAUAAGGGAUAGAGAGGUGCAUAUCAAGUUGGGGUCUCUGCGUGACGGAGCAGAAGAUCUAUCUGGAGUUUGGUACAAUUUUUCUAUGCCUGAUAUUAAGGUAUCACUUUUUGACAAAGAUAAGAAGACAGCAGACAAAGUUUGUUCGGCAAGUACAGAUCCAAGAAUGGUUACUUUUGACAACAAGGGAUGGACGGCAAAGUUGGCAGGAGAAUUUAUCAUGUACAGAGAUAAACGACGACAAAUAGCAGUUCAUGCAAUUUUUUCUACCUGCCGCUGGUCAUCAGGGGCCUCGCCCCCAUGUGGAUGUGGCGUUGCUGUAAGGGUGGAAAACUCUCUGUUUGCCUAUCGAACUUGUAAACAAAUAUCUUACAUUUUAGCAGAGCCCCUUAAACACCAUGAAACCUUGUAUCGUAAUUGCGACAAUCGCCACAUGGUAGUAGAAAUAGGGGGACCAAAUGGAUGGACAAAGAUAACUCUUUAUACCGGAGCAGUUGUUAAGUAUCGGAUUGGAGAAGACUGGAUAUACGAAAUCCAAAUUUUUCCUUCUAUCUUUGAUGAAGACAACGUUGAAGGUUUGUGUGGAAAUCCUAAUGGGAAUAUAGAGGAUGAUUUCAUACCCAAAGGGCAAUCAUCAUCUAUUGACGAUCAAACAGAAUUCCAAAAAAGUUGGAGAGUGGAUAUAUUUUCAACGCAAAGUCUCUUUGGAAUCAACACUUUGUUAGAGAGUAACAGUUUCAAAUUUAAAAAAUACUGUGACUGUUUAACGGAAACUCAGCAAAAUGAAAACUCUAUUGCCAAUCAUUACACAGCAAAUUGUUCUUUGACAACUCAAGCUAUCAUGUGUAACGGUGCAUUUGCAUCCCAAAGUUCGUUAUCAAGAUGCAACAGUAACCAAAACAGGUUUAAGCGUGAAGGCAUAGCAAUAGAUUAUAUACAUCAGGUUGAAAAACGAAGUGUAGAGAGUGAUGAUAUCCUCGAAGUUCCGCCUCUGACAUUGGAUCCAAGUUUUGAUCCAGACUUUAUUCCUCCUAUCCUAUCAUGGACGAAUGGAUGGACUGAAUCAGCAGCUCGUGAUUAUUGUGAAAAUAUAAUAUUAAAUGAUCCUGCUCGGAUUGGAUGUCAGAAGUUUAUCUCGAUGGAAAAUUCUACCAACAUAGCCGUUGACGAAUGUGUUCUAGACAUACGGGAUACUGGAACAACAGAUUUCUCAAGAUACACCAUCGAAAAUUUGAAUGAAUUCUGUUUUGAACAAAUUAAAAAAUACGAAAUUUUCCACGUAAAAAGUGAAUCUGAUGAAGAGUCUGUCGUAGAUACAAUAGGAAAACUUGUUUGUCCAAACAAUUGUACUGCCAACGGUAUUUGCAAAGAAGGCGUGUGUAACUGCAACAUUUCCUAUAUUGGAUUGGACUGUUCACAUGCUAAAUCAACACCUCCGGCUAAUUUAACAUUACCAGAAAACGGAUUGUGCAAAACCAGUAAACGUGCUUGCGCCAAAACAAACAUCUUUGGUCACUUUCGGGCUGAAACUGUACAUGCAAAAAUUAGAGACUUUGAGAUUACUGAAAAUGGACGAACAGCGGUGCUUUCAACUUACUAUGUCCAAGCAACUUAUGUAAAUCCUACCAUUGUAAGGGUCAACUUUCCACCGAACUCCCUUAAAAAACGAACUACAUCCGGAAAGCUUUAUGGAAGAGGGUUUUAUAUUACUUUAUCUUAUGAUGUAUUAAACUUCAGCGACUCAUUGGUAAUGCUAAUCUACAAUGAUGUAUGUUACAGUUGUAAUGCAUCAACACUGGAAUAUACUUCCCUACCUUGGAUUUUCAGCGUUUGUGUUGUUUGUGUGUUCAUCAUUGGUACAAUUACUGUCUUGAUAUUCAUAAAACGAAAACACAGAGGUCAUUUUAGUCCAUGGUGUGUUGACAUAAAGGAACAGCGACAUUUGCCCAAGCAUCCAACGGUCCAGCGCUACGAUACGAUAAACCUCGAACUUGAAAAAUCCACAUCUCAAAAUUACGAAAUACUCAAGCCACCUGUGGUGGACUUGUCCAAUGAUGCAUUUGAUGGCUAG